AUGAAUACAUCUUUGCGAAUCGUAUUCUUCACUGUUGCUUUUCUGGCAAUUUUUCAAGAAGUGAAUGGAGAAAUCAUAAAAGAAGAAAUGAAUGAGUAUCCUAACAUUUUCGAAUUCGGAUUGCCCGCAGUGAAACCCCAAGAAGUGAGAAUGUUUGAAAAGGAAGAGAGAUCUGAUUCGAGUCACGGAAAAUUCACGUACACAGACAUAUUUGGAAAAGUGAUACAAGUUUUCUAUACUGCAGACGAAAGUGGUUUCCAACCACACCACAAAAUAUAG